UGUGGGUGGAGUAAAUGAGAGAAGUUUUGAAGCAAAUAAAAAUGAUGAAAGACCGGCUUAUGAAACUUUUAAAGCCUCAUUUGAUGGUAGCCCAGAGAUAAAAUUAUUAAUGCUUGACCUUUAUCAGAUGAGACGAAUUGAAGAAAAAUGUAGAAAUGAGGAACAAUUAAUUACUGAAAUCAACCGCUUAAAAGCCGAAAACGAACAACUAAAAAAUAACCAAACUCUAACUAGUUCAGAAAAGCAAGAAAGAUUACAGCAAAAUCAACAGAAAUUAGAACAAAUUGCGAGUUAUAUCAGUGUUGAUUCUAAACCAAAUAACUCUAAUAAUAACUUCCUAACCGGUUUAGUGGUUGGCGGAACAGUAUUAGCAAUAGUAGGAUUAAUUUCAGUUUUGGUUAUAAUGAACUUGAAGAAAAAAAAAAGUAACAUUGAGCAACCACCUAAUAAGUAA